CCAUCUCCCCCUCUUUGCCGUUGGGGAGCAUCUUCAUCACCUCUCCAUCCACCAGUCCUUCAUUCAGCAUGCGUCGUUUGUUCGUCGCUGCUCUCGCCGCCGCGGGCCUCGCCGGCACCCUCGCUCACGACUCGCACAAUGUUUCGCGUCGCAAGACGCUCAGCUUCGGCCCUGUGCACCCCCACGCGUCCUACCACACCAACCCGGUGUACCACACCAGCCUCCUCCGCGCGUCCGAGGACCCCCUCGACGUCGCUCGCCUCUUCGUGGAGGAUCUCGUCCGCGAUAUCCCCGGCAGCGACUUUGUCGUUCGGAAGGACUCGUACACGGACGAGGCGACCGGCAUCACCCACGCUUACGUCCGCCAGUACAUCAACGGCAUUGAGGUCGCUGAUGGCGACAUUAACGUCAACAUCAAGGAUGGUGUAGUCCUCUCGUACGGCGACUCGUUCUUCCGUCCGAAGACCGCGACCACCUUCAACGUCGCAGACGCUGUGAGCGGCAAGGUCGACCCUCACGCAGACUACUGCCGCACCCUCGAGGACGAGAUCACCUCUCAGCUCCGAACGGUCGAUCGCACCUCUCGCAAGGCCCCAGUCGAGGCCACCGCUCUUGAGCAGCUGUCAUACCUGUACGAGUGGAACUGCAAGUUCGUUGACGCCCCGGACAUGAUGGCGCAGGACCCCGAGUUCUCCGCUGUGGAGGAUGUCGCGUCUGGCGAUAUCUCCCGCGCGCUUUUGCAGUUCAUGCUGGCCGCUACGCCUAGCGAGGACUUGCAGCAGGAGAUCAUGGACGACCCUUCCAAGUUCAUCCCCAAGAUGCGUGUGUCGUUCGAGCACCACAUGUCGGAGCAGCCGUUCUUCACUAUUGAGAACGCUCCUGACGCCGUCAACCCUGUGAAGGGACGCCUUGCGUUCAUCCAGGUGCCGGAAGGUGACUCUACGACUCUGCAGCUCGUCUUCAAGUUCGAGGUUGAGAUGAAGGACAACUGGUACGAGGCCGCGGUCUCCGCCGAGGCGCCUCACCGCAUCAUCUCGGUCGUGGACUGGGCUUCCGACUCUCCUGUCCCCGUCGCACCUGUCCCCAAGGACUCCGAGGGCGCGACUUACAACGUCUUCGCCUGGGGCAUCAACGACCCGUCGGUCGGUGAGCGCUCGAUCCAGAAGGAGAACUUCGAUGCUCUCGCGUCCCCGCUCGGAUGGCAUGCGUUGCCCUACGCGAACGACCCCCACUCUGAGAGCGUCCGCCCCAAGGAUGCGUCGAAGAUCCGCAACACCACAACCACGUGGGGCAACAACGUUUUCGCGCACGAGGACUGGGAGGGCCGCAACAACUGGGUGAACAACUACCGUCCGGAUGCCGGCUCUAGCAAGGCGUUCGACUUCAAGUACUCACCAAAGAAGACCGACACGACCGACGCCCUCGAGGAGGCCCAGAAGUACAUCAACGCCACCGUGACGCAGCUGUUCUACACGUCGAACUUGGUGCACGACCUCUUCUACCGCUACGGCUUCAACGAGGUUUCCGGCAACUUCCAGCAGCACAACUUCGGCCGUGGCGGUCAGGAGAACGACGCUGUCAUCGCCAACGCGCAGGACGGUAGCGGGUACAACAACGCUAACUUCAUGACGCCGCCCGACGGUCAGAACGGUCGCUGCCGGAUGUACCUCUGGAACACCGCAAACCCCUACCGCGACGGUGACCUGGAGGCCGGCAUCGUCAUCCACGAGCUGGCCCAUGGGUUGAGCACUCGUCUCACCGGUGGUCCCGCGAACUCUGGCUGUCUCGGUUGGGGUGAGGCCGGUGGUAUGGGCGAAGGCUGGGGUGACUUCCUGGCUACGACCAUCCGCAGCAACAAGAACUACUCUGACUACGCUAUGGGUUCGUGGGCUGCCAACCGUGACAACGGUAUCCGGAACUACCCGUACUCUCUGAACGAGACCGUCAACCCUUCGACGUACCAGACGCUUGACAAGCCCGGUUACUGGGGCGUGCACGCGAUCGGCGAAGUCUGGGCGCAGAUCCUCUGGGUCGUGUCGCAGAAGCUCAUCGAGAAGCACGGCUUCGUCGACGACCUCUUCCCGCCCAAGCCGCUUGAGGAUGGCACCAUCCCCGAGGGCGACUUCUACCGCAAGCUCGAGUUUACAGCGGACGGCAAGCCGAAGCCGCUCGUGCCCAAGCACGGGAACUCGUUGAUCGUGCAACUCGUGCUCGAUGGCAUGAAGCUGCAGCCUUGCCGGCCCUCGUUCUUCGACGCGCGCGACGCGAUCAUUGCCGCCGACAAGGCGCUCACCGGUGGUGAGAACCUGUGCGAGCUCUGGGAGGGCUUCGCCGCCCGCGGUCUUGGCUUGGACGCAGCCGUCAAGAACCGCACGCCAUGGGGUGGAGGUGUCCGCACCAACGGGCAUGCGCUCCCCAAGGAGUGCAAGAAGGCGGGCGAGCCCGAGCCUCCGACCGAGCCCGCGCCGGGCGACGGCGAUGAUGACGGUGACGACGACGACUGGCCCUGGUUGCAGUGGGUCAUCGAGAAGACCGCGGUGUUCUCGUGGUCGUGGCCGCUCUGAGGACUUUGCCUUGCUCUAGACCUACGUUUUGCUUCCCUGCUUCCAUGCCUGGUCAGGACACGUUGCUGUUGCUUGUCAGAGCGGCGGGGACGUUGCUUGUGCUUGCGGGUGGUUUGGUAGAGGUGAUCGUUGUAAUAUAGAUGCUGCUCAUUUCGGAUGGAUUCUUGUACUACCACUCGCAUAUACAUGAUCUCGUAAUAAC